UUUCUUUUUUUCUUCAUGCAGUCAUGCCUUGUUGAAGAGGAUCAUCAUCAGAUCUGUAUCCAGCUCUACUCUCUUCUCCCUCCUCUCCACCCUUCAUCCUCUUCCUCCUCCUCCUCUUUUUAUCCACCAUGCUCCUUCUCUCCUCUGCUUUCUCUCCUCUUUUCCUUCUGUCUCUCCUCCUUUGCUCCCCCGUCCGCUCUGCUCCAGCUCCUCCUCUCACAGCGGCUGGCAGGGCCCUGUACCACUCGUUUGACACCCCUCUCACUCACCUAGCCAUCCACCGGCAGACGGGUGACGUGUUUGUUGGCGCCGUCAACCGCAUCCUGAAGCUGUCGUCCAAUCUGACGGAGCUGAGGAGUCACAUGACCGGCCCUGUGGAGGACAAUGCCAAGUGCUACCCACCGCCCAGCGUCCGGGCCUGCGCUCACCGACUGGAGUCCUCUGAUAAUGUGAAUAAGCUCCUGCUGGUGGAUUACACCGGGAACAGGCUGGUGGCCUGUGGUUCCAUCUGGCAGGGAGUCUGUCAGUUCCUCAGACUCGAAGACCUCUUCAAACUUGGCGAGCCGCAUCACCGCAAGGAGCACUACCUGUCUGGAGCCAGAGAGGCUGAUGGGAUGGCAGGUGUGGUUGUUGGUGAUGAAGACUGGAUGUCUGACCCCAAAAAGAAGAAACUGGCAAAAGGCAUCAGUCGCUUGUUUAUUGGCGCCGCCAUUGACGGCAAGUCUGAGUAUUUCCCCACACUGGCCAGCAGGAAGCUAGUGGCAGACGAAGAGAGUGAAAACAUGUUCUUGCUGGUCUACCAGGACGAGUUUGUCUCCUCGCAGAUCAAGAUUCCGUCAGAUACUCUGUCGCUGUACCCAGCCUUCGACAUCUACUAUGUGUACGGCUUUUCCAGCCGCACGUACGUCUACUUCCUGACGCUGCAGCUGGACACGCAGCUGACACAAAUGGACGCUGGCGGUGAGAAGUUUUUCACCUCAAAGAUUGUGAGGAUGUGCUCCAAUGACACGGAAUUCUAUUCCUACGUGGAGUUUCCUCUGGGCUGCACCAAAGACGGUGUGGAGUACCGGCUGAUCCAGGCUGCUUACAAGCAGAAACCAGGGCGGCGGCUCGCGCAGGCACUCGGGCUCUCCGAGGACGAUGACGUCCUUUUUGUUGUCUUCUCACAGGGUCAGAAGAAUCGGUCCAACCCACCCAGAGAGACGGUUCUGUGUCUGUUCACCCUUCACAGCAUCAACCUGGCCAUGAGGGAGAGGAUCCGCUCUUGUUACCGAGGGGAGGGGCGGCUCUCGUUACCCUGGUUACUCAACAAGGAGCUGCCCUGCAUCCAUACUCCGAAGCAGAUCGGUGAUGAUUUCUGUGGCCUGGUGUUGAACCAGCCGCUGGGCGGAACGCGGGUGAUCGAGGGAACGCCGCUCUACGAGGACCGGACGGAGGGCAUGGCGGCGGUGGCGGCCUACACGUACGGCGAGCACAGCGUGGUGUUCGUGGGAACGCGCAGUGGACAGCUGAAGAAGAUCCGUGUGGAUGGGAUCCUGCCGCCAUCCCAGAAUGCUUUGCUGUAUGAGACUGUGUCCAUGGUAGAAGGGAAACCCAUCCUGAGGGACAUUGUGUUCAGUCCGGACCACCAAUACAUCUACCUGCUGAGCGACAAACAGGUGAGCCGGCUGCCAGUGGAGAGCUGUGAGCAGUAUGGCGGCUGUGCAGCCUGUCUGGGGUCAGGUGACCCUCACUGCGGCUGGUGCGUCCUGUUCAACAAGUGCUCCAGACAGGAAGCAUGUGACAAGUGGGAGGAGCCUCAGCAUUUCAACACCCGGCUGGACCAAUGUGUUGAUAUCUCUGUUACCCCGAGUAACAUGUCCGUCACCUCCCCAGCAACACAGCUGACCAUUCAGGUGCAGAACGUGCCGGCGCUGUCAGGGGGCGUGUCCUGUGUUUUUGAGGAUCUGAGUGAAACCCCUGGUGAGGUCUUAGCCAGUGGUCAGGUGACGUGUAUGUCGCCGUCACUGGGAGACAUGCUAACACACCCCUACACCUAUGGUGAGCAGCGUGUGGUUCCGCUCAGUCUUCGCUCCACAGAAACUGGACAUCAGUUCAUCAGAACCAGCUUCAUCUAUUACAACUGCUCUGUGCUCAACUCGUGCACGUCAUGUGUAAGCAGUGUUUUUCCGUGUCACUGGUGUAAAUAUCGCCACGUCUGCACAAACAACCUACAGGACUGCUCAUUCCAGGAGGGACGAGUCAGCGGCAUGGAGGGCUGUCCUCAGAUCCUGCCAACCUCGGACAUCCUGGUUCCGGCCGGAAUGGUUCGUCCAAUCACUCUGCGAGCUCGCAACCUUCCUCAACCUCAGUCGGGUCAGAAGAACUAUGAAUGUGUGUUCAACAUUCAGGGCAAAGUCCAGCGAAUCCCUGCCGUCCGCUUCAACUCCUCAUGCAUCCAGUGUCAGAACACUUCGUACUGGUAUGAAGGUGAUGAAGCUGGUGAUCUUCCAGUGGACUUCUCCAUUGUUUGGGACGGAGAUUUCUUCAUCGAUAAGCCUGCAUCUAUGAAAGCAUUGCUCUAUAAGUGUGAGGCCCAGCGUUCCAGCUGUGGGCAGUGCCUCAAAGCUCCGCCCACCUUCGAAUGUGGGUGGUGCACUGAAACCAGGAAGUGCCUCCUUCGCCAGCACUGCCCCUCCCCUGAACAAAAUUGGAUGCAUCAUGGACGACACAACCUACGCUGCAGUCACCCGCGCAUCACCAAGAUCAGUCCUCUGACUGGUCCUCGGGAAGGGGGGACGAGGGUGAUGAUUGAAGGUGAGAAUCUGGGUCUGCAGGUGCGAGAGAUUGCCCAUGUUCAGGUGGCGGGGGUCCGCUGUAACCCUGUGCCCUCUCAUUACGUCAGCGCGGAGAGGAUUGUGUGCGACAUGGCGGAAGCUCUGCUCCCUCACUCUCCAGGCGGCCCCGUUGAGCUGUGCAUUGGUGUCUGCAGCGCCGAGUAUCGAACCCUGUCCACACAGACCUACUCCUUUGUGACGCCGACGUUCAGUCGAAUCCGUCCGGAUAAAGGCCCCGUUUCUGGAGGAACCAGACUUACGGUGACCGGGCGACACCUGGACGCCGGCAGCACUGUCACUGUCUACAUCGACAAGGAAGAAUGUCUGUUUGUCAAGCGGACCAAUCGGGAAAUAAUCUGCAUAACUCCCGCCUCCCUGACUGGCUCUGGUCCAGCUCCCAUCCACCUGAUGAUUGACAGAGCUGAGGUGACGAGCACAGAGAUCAGAUACGUUUACACAGAAGAUCCAACCAUCGUCAGCAUAGAACCCAACUGGACCAUCAUCAAUGGCAGUACAGUCAUAACUGUAAUCGGAACCAACCUACUGACCAUUCAGGAACCCAAAGUCCGAGCCAAAUACGGAGGAGUGGAGACUCAGAAUGUUUGUAACGUCGUCAAUGACAGCACCAUGACGUGUUUGGCUCCUGGUCUGGUCUACACCAAACCCAACCCGCCUGACGGCCCCAUGCAGCCUGAAGAAUUUGGUUUCAUCUUUGACCAGGUUUCAUCUCUGCUCAUUCUGAACAUGACCCCCUUCAUGUACUACCCCAAUCCAACUUUUGACCCUCUUGGGAAUUCUGGGAUCCUGGAAGUCAAACCAGGAUCACCUAUUAUUCUCAAGGGUAAGAACCUGGUCCCGCCGGCUCCAGGAAACAACCGGCUGAACUACACAGUUCUGAUUGGAGAGUCGGCCUGCCUGCUGACUGUGUCGGAGAACCAGCUGCUGUGUGAUUCACCGGACCUCACUGGAGAACAGCGAGUCCUGAUCCUGGUUGGUGGUUUGGAAUACUCUCCGGGUACGCUUCAUAUCUACUCAGACAGCACCCUGACCUUACCUGCCAUCAUCGGGAUUGGCGCCGGCGGCGGCGUCCUGCUGAUCGCCAUCAUCGCCGUGCUGAUCGCCUACAAGCGCAAAACUCGCGAUGCUGACCGCACAUUGAAGCGCCUCCAACUACAGAUGGACAACCUGGAGAGCCGGGUCGCACUUGAGUGCAAGGAAGCCUUUGCAGAGCUGCAGACAGACAUCCAGGAACUGACCAAUGACAUGGACGGAGUGAAGAUUCCCUUCCUGGAGUAUCGAACCUACACCAUGAGAGUCAUGUUCCCGGGGAUCGAGGAGCACCCAGUGCUGAAGGAGCUCGACUCUCCGGCUAACGUGGAGAAAGCUCUGCGUCUCUUCAGCCAGCUGCUCAACAACAAGAUGUUCCUGCUGACCUUCAUCCACACCCUGGAGGCCCAGAGGUCCUUCUCCAUGAGGGACCGCGGCAACGUGGCCUCGCUGCUGAUGGCCGCUCUGCAGAGUCGGAUGGAGUACGCCACAGUGGUGCUGAAACAGCUGUUGGCCGACCUCAUCGAGAAGAACCUGGAGAACAGAAACCACCCCAAACUUCUGCUCAGGAGGACAGAGUCUGUUGCUGAGAAGAUGUUGACAAAUUGGUUCACCUUCCUCCUGCAUCGAUUCCUGAAGGAGUGCGCUGGCGAGCCUCUCUUCAUGCUGUACUGCGCCAUAAAGCAGCAGAUGGAGAAAGGGCCGAUCGACGCCAUCACUGGUGAAGCGCGCUACUCUCUGAGCGAAGACAAGCUCAUCAGGCAGCAGAUCGACUACAAGCAGCUGACACUCAUGUGCAUCCCUCCAGAGGGCGAGGCCGGCACCGAGGUCCCGGUGAAGGUCUUAAACUGUGACACUGUGACUCAGGUCAAAGACAAACUGCUGGAUGCUGUUUACAAAGGGAUCCCGUUUUCCCAGAGGCCUCAGGCUGAUGACAUGGACCUCGAGUGGCGUCAGGGCCGGUUGACCAGGAUCAUCCUUCAGGAUGAAGACGUGACAACGAAGAUUGAAAGCGACUGGAAGAGGCUGAACACUCUGGCUCACUACCAGGUAACAGAUGGCUCAUUAGUGGCCCUGGUGCAGAAACAGGUUUCUGCCUACAACAUCACCAACUCCUUCACCUUCACGCGGUCCCUCAGCAGAUACGAGUCGUUGCUGCGGACGUCCAGCAGCCCUGACAGCCUGAGAUCCAGAGCUCCAAUGAUCACACCUGACCAGGAGACAGGAACUAAACUGUGGCACCUGGUGAAGAACCACGAACACAGCGAUCAGCGGGAAGGAGACCGAGGCAGCAAGAUGGUUUCUGAAAUCUACCUGACCCGCCUGCUGGCCACCAAAGGGACGCUCCAGAAGUUUGUUGAUGAUCUGUUUGAGACGGUGUUCAGUAUCGCUCACCGCGGCUCUGCACUGCCUUUGGCUAUUAAAUACAUGUUUGACUUUCUGGACGAGCAGGCCGACAAACGGCAGAUCAGCGACCCAGACGUCCGGCACACGUGGAAGAGCAACUGCCUUCCACUCAGGUUCUGGGUGAACGUGAUCAAAAACCCUCAGUUUGUGUUCGACAUCCAUAAGAGCAGCAUCACUGACGCAUGCCUGUCGGUUGUUGCUCAAACCUUCAUGGACUCCUGCUCCACGUCUGAACACCGGCUGGGUAAAGACUCUCCAUCCAACAAGCUGCUCUACGCAAAAGACAUCCCCAACUACAAAAACUGGGUGGAGAGGUACUACAGGGACAUUUCAAAGAUGCCCAGCAUCAGCGAUCAGGACAUGGACGCCUACUUGGUGGAGCAGUCCCGUCUCCAUGGCAACGAGUUCAACACACUGAGCGCACUCAGUGAGCUAUAUUUCUACAUCAACAAGUACAAGGAAGAGAUCCUGACGGCGUUGGACAGAGACGGAUACUGUCGCAAACACAAGCUGAGACAAAAACUGGAGCAAGCCAUCAACCUGAUGUCAGGAAGCAGCUGAAAGGGGCGUUGCCCCACAGCGACGGACAGAUGGCUGAACGGGAGAAAGGGGCGGUGAGGGCAAGGAGAGCGUUGAACCCUUCUGAACUGUUUGACAGUCAGCUGACAGGACCUGUUGGACUGAACCUCAGCCACAACUCCAGUCCAUCGAUCCAUCAAUAAUUUAUUUGUCAGGUGAUUGAUUGAUCAUGAACUCUAGGAGCCCCGCUGCCACCUGCUGGUGGAGUUUUGAGUGGAAAUAAACUUCCAAAUGGAUUACGAUGCAUUUCGAAUCUGACAUCAAAGAACCUUCUGGAUGCAUCUGUCGGUUUGGAUUUGACUCCACCAUCGCUGGGAGCGGAGAUCAAAGUGCCAGGCGGCUGUGGAACGGCCCAGAGGGACUCUGGUUUCAUGAACCAGAGGACAUGAACCCGUCCUCAGUCUAGAACUCGAGGCCUGAGGUUAAGAUCAAGGGGUCAAGCCAUGUUUCCUUGAAAGCUAGUGACUGCAUGGUUCAGACUUGACCUGGUCUGAAAGAUCCAGAACCCCACACUGGGUUUGAUCCGACCCUGAAGCCACACUGCGGUCUGGAGAGAUCCAGACUGAACACCAGAAGGUCAAGUCGAGGCCUUCAAACUGAUGUCAUUAUUUUGGACCUUUUGUCCUCAUCUUCAAAUUCUUCUCCCCAUCUGGAAGUCUCGGGACUUCAGGUCACGUUUUCCAGAAGCCUCGAGAGUCCAGGAUUCAAAAGGUUUUUGUUGAAGCUUUAAGGGACAAAAAAAUGCUGAGUGUCAGUAUGACAUUUGAACCACUGGAAGUGACAGUUUGACCCAGGACAGUUUCAGUCCAACCA